AUGCUGACGAUGAUAAAGCCCGCCGUAUUCUCAUCACCUCUCCUCAACCUCACCAAAUCUCCACCCUCUCAAUUCCCCACUUCCACCGCCGCAGCUGCCGCGACACCAUCCACAUGGAACUCGCAGCCCCUUCAGUUUCGGGUGUCCUCGUCACCCAAUUCGACGGCCGAGGUUGCACCGUCAUCCCCGCCGAAUAUCGAGGGCGAAGAACUGGAAUCUGGAGCGGACAUUGUGCGGAAGUUCUACGACGGAAUCAACCGCCAGGAUUUGGCUUCAGUUGAGGAGCUUAUUGCUGAGAAAUGCGUGUACGAGGACCUUGUGUUUCCUCGGCCUUUCGUUGGUCGUAAGGAUAUACUCCAGUUUUUUAGAAAGUUUAAUGAUUCAGUCGGCAAAGACCUCCAGUUUGUUAUUGAUGAUAUCUCCACGAAGGAUUCUACAGCAGUUGGGGCCACAUGGCAUUUAGAAUGGAAUGAGAAGCCUUUCCCCUUUAGCAAAGGAUGUAGCUUUUAUCGGUUGGAGGUCAUAAAUGGCAAGAGACAAAUAAUCUAUGGUCGAGAUAGUGUUGAACCUGCGAUCAAGCCCGGGGACUCUGUGCUGGUAGCCAUCAGAGGCGUGGCUUGGCUUCUUCGACAAUUCCCUCAGCUGGUCGACCGUUUUUAAGUAGUUGUAUAGGGUGCAGUUACUCAUUUACACUGAAAUUGUGAACUUGUAUAAAAGAAGUAAAUUGUGUAUAUGCUUUACAGUGAUAUUGUACAUGUAUUUUCUCACCUUUACAUACGAUAUAUCAAUAUAAACAAGGUUUCUAACAUUUGGGU